AGCAACCUGAACGUGCCUGCAAAUUACAACGGUGGAUUCUUGACUGAAUUCUUUUUGCUUGCAAUCGUCACAGCGUCCAAAAAGAUGGGGCUUCUCAAGAGUCUCACCCUGGCCCAGAGCCUAAUCGGCUCCAGCUUGGCCGCCAUGGUGCCACGCGCCUCCGACGCAAAGGCCUUUGGGCCCUCCACAAACCUCAAGCUGCCGUACAGCCUCGACGACGCGGCGUCGGCCGUGGUCAGCAUCGCGACCAAGAAGCCCUUUGUCGUGUUGGAGGACGUGCCCUCGCUCCGAGACGUCAAGUGCGCCGACGGCAACGUCGUCAUGGCCUUUGACAGCGCCGACGCCAUCCAGGCCGUCCGGGCCGUCUGGCCCAGCUCGGGCGAGUUCGUCGUCGUCAUGAGCGAGAGCGCCGGCACCUGCAGCGGCGAUCGCGAGCGCGGCCUGUUCCUUCUCGGCGAGCUCACCCACGACGAGGAGAAGCUGACCAUCACGGCGGCGGCCGAGAAGCGUCGCCCCCGGGACGAGAUCGAGGACGCGGUUAUCGACUUUAGCCGGAAGAAAAAGGUGGGCGCUGGGCGGAGCUCGGCUCUCGCGGCGAAGAAUGCCAGAUCGGCCGCCGGCGAGAACAAGUCCGACCCGCUCCCCAUCGCCAGCGAGACCUUUGAGGUGGACCUGUCGGACACGACGCUCGCCGACACCGAGGGCCUGUACCUGCGCGCGGACCGCGCCUCGUUUACCAGCACCGUCGAGCUGGAGGGGCAUGUGCAUUAUAAUAUGGGAGCCAUGGAGCUCGAGGAGUUCAAGAUUCAGUUGCACGUCGAGUACGAUUUGGACCUCAACGUGACGGCCAAUAUUAAUAGCCGUUUGGGGUUGGAUGUAAUUAGUUGGAGCCCACUGUCCGCCUCUAUUUCCGCCAUUAGCAUCCCUGGUAUUAUCGACAUCGGGCCCAGGGCUACAUUCUCCAUCGGCGUCGAACUGGCCGCCGAAGGGCCUGUUAACGUCACGACCGGAUACCAUUCGACACUCGAGGGCGCCACUGCCAUUCUGGACCUCCUCGACGAAAACGGCACCAAGGCCGAGGGAUGGGAACCCCAAACCUCUGGCAGCGCAGAGGUGUCCACGCAGGUGGCGCUGCAGAUCAAUCCGUACGCAGACCUGUCCGUCGCGUUCGGGAUCAACGUCUUCGAGGGCGCGCUGGACCUGAGCGCAGGCAUCGCGGCGCGGCCGACGCUGGUCAACGCGUUUGUGAUCGGGUCCGACUUCGAGUUCGACAGCGAGACGGGGCUGGAGCUGAGCGGGCCCGAGUGCCCCGACGCGGAGGAGGCGGGCGGCUGCUGCAGCAACGGGGCCUGGUACGAGAGCCGGUUCUGGUUCGAGGUCAGGGCCUACGUGACGCAGUUCUACCGGGUGCCGCUGUACACGGUCGACCUGCCCAUCUACGAGGGCCAGUGCUGGGCGUUUGGCGAGGAGGCCGGGAACUCUACCGAGCCCGUGCCGGAGCCGCCCAAGUGCAGGAAGAAGAGGGCGAGCGUUGCUUGAGUUGUGUCGAUGGGCCUUUGUAAUGAGCUUUUGUUGAUUUGCAAACGUUUGCUAUAAUUGCACCAUAUCGUGGAAAAUGCUAUUGAUUUGUUGUUUUUAUUUAAUGCGGUAAAUGUCUGAUAACUCUACCAUCGUCUUAUAAAAUAUGGAAUGGGACAGGGGCAACGGGAAUAAUGUGGCACAUUGAUAGAAAAGCUUAUUACCGUUUCGUUUCAUUGGAC